GCGCGUCGGGUUACACUCGCCCUGCCUGCCCGGGGGUGACAUCCCGGCGCGCCUCGCCGCGAGUACCGGGGCCGAGACUCUGAUUCGGGGGAGGCAGAGACUCCGCCCCGGCCGGAGGAACCCGUGCUCCUGCCCUCUCUGUCCUCGUGCGAGAGGAUCAAUCUCAGGCUAAGAAAUGGCAUUUCAAAAGGCAGUGAAAGGGACUGUUCUUGUUGGAGGAGGUGCUCUUGCCACUGUUCUAGGCCUCUCUCAUUUUGCUCAUUACAAAAGGAAGCAAGUGAACCUGGCCUUUGUUGAAGCAGCAGACUGCGUUUCAGAACCUGUUAACAGGGAGCCUCCUUCCAGAGAAGCUCAGAUACUGACUUUGAAAAACACAUCUGAGUUCGAUGUACUUGUCAUUGGAGGAGGAGCAACAGGAAGUGGCUGUGCCCUGGAUGCGGUCACCAGAGGACUAAAAACAGCCCUUGUAGAAAGAGAUGAUUUCUCAUCGGGGACCAGCAGCAGAAGCACUAAAUUGAUCCAUGGUGGUGUGAGAUAUCUUCAGAAGGCUAUCAUGAAGUUGGAUAUUGAGCAGUACAGGAUGGUAAAAGAAGCCCUUCAUGAGCGUGCCAACCUGCUGGAAAUUGCUCCCCAUUUAUCAGCUCCAUUGCCUAUUAUGCUUCCAGUUUACAAGUGGUGGCAGUUACCAUACUACUGGGUAGGAAUCAAGCUAUAUGAUCUGGUUGCUGGAAGUAAUUGCCUGAAAAGCAGUUAUGUCCUCAGCAAAUCAAGAGCCCUUGAGCAUUUCCCAAUGCUUCAGAAGGACAAACUGGUGGGAGCAAUUGUCUACUAUGAUGGACAACACAAUGACGCACGGAUGAACCUUGCCAUUGCUCUCACCGCUGCCAGGUAUGGGGCUGCCACGGCCAAUUACAUGGAGGUCAUGAGUUUGCUCAAGAAGACAGACCCCCAGACAGGGAAAGAGCGUGUGAGCGGUGCACGGUGUAAGGAUGUGCUCACAGGGGAGGAAUUUGAUGUGAGAGCCAAGUGUGUUAUCAAUGCCACGGGACCUUUCACAGACACCGUGCGCAAAAUGGAUGAUAAGGACACCACAGCUAUCUGCCAGCCGAGUGCUGGCGUCCACAUCGUGAUGCCUGGUUACUACAGCCCAGAGAGCAUGGGACUUCUUGACCCAGCGACCAGUGAUGGGAGAGUUAUUUUCUUCUUGCCCUGGCAAAAGAUGACUAUAGCUGGCACUACCGACACUCCAACUGAUGUAACACACCAUCCCAUUCCUUCCGAAGAAGACAUCAACUUCAUUUUGAAUGAAGUGCGUAACUACUUGAGUUGUGACGUUGAAGUGAGAAGAGGGGAUGUCCUGGCUGCGUGGAGCGGUAUUCGCCCCCUUGUGACAGAUCCCAAGUCUGCAGACACGAAGUCCAUCUCCCGAAACCAUGUCGUGGACAUCAGCGAGAGUGGUCUUAUCACUAUAGCAGGUGGAAAGUGGACAACCUAUCGAUCUAUGGCAGAAGAUACUAUAAAUGCCGCAGUCAAGGCACACAAUUUGAAAGCAGGACCAAGUAGAACAGUUGGGCUUUUCCUUCAGGGGGGCAAAGACUGGAGCCCCACACUCUACAUCAGGCUCGUCCAGGACUAUGGACUUGAAAGUGAGGUGGCCCAGCAUCUUGCUGCCACCUAUGGUGAUAAGGCUUUUGAGGUGGCCAAGAUGGCAAGUGUGACGGGAAAACGGUGGCCCAUUGUUGGAGUGCGUCUUGUGUCGGAAUUUCCGUACAUUGAAGCAGAGGUGAAAUACGGGAUUAAGGAGUAUGCUUGUACCGCUGUGGAUAUGAUUUCCCGUCGUACUCGCCUGGCCUUCCUAAAUGUGCAGGCGGCAGAGGAGGCCCUACCCAGGAUUGUUGAAUUGAUGGGCCGAGAACUGAAUUGGGACGAUUCUAAAAAAGAGGAAGAACUUGAAACAGCCAGGAAGUUUCUAUAUUAUGAAAUGGGCUAUAAAUCUCGAUCAGAACAGUUAACAGAUCGGUCUGAAAUUAGCCUACUGCCUUCAGACAUUGACAGGUACAAGAAGAGAUUUCAUAAAUUCGAUGCAGACCAGAAAGGCUUUAUUACCAUUGUUGAUGUUCAACGUGUAUUAGAGAGUAUCAACGUCCAAAUGGAUGAAAAUACGCUACAUGAGAUUCUGAAUGAAGUAGAUUUGAAUAAAAAUGGACAGGUUGAACUCAAUGAAUUUUUGCAGCUGAUGAGUGCUAUUCAAAAAGGAAGGGUGUCUGGAAGCCGGCUUGCUAUACUCAUGAAAACUGCCGAAGAAAACCUCGACAGAAGAGUGCCCAUCCCUGUGGACCGAAGUUGUGGAGGAUUGUGAGUCUGAGCAGUGAAUCCACAGCCAACAAACAUAGGAACAACAAAUGAUCAUGUAACAAACCAGAGAGGACUACCACCACUCCAAAACAGUAGACACGGAUAGCUGCCUUGCUUUAACACUGGGAAACAUUCCAAAGCUUUAGGAUGUCGAUGUAGACCCUUUAUUGGUAUUUGCCAUUCAGUCUAGCUUCUUAAAAGUGUAUUUUAUCAUCUUUUCUCAUUUUCAGUGUACACUGAUUUAAUGUUUUGCUUUCAUUUUGUGAUCUAUUAGACUGGACAUACUCCCUUUUUGUAUAUUCAUUUAUUCUAAGUCAAUUUGAGCGACAGAAUAUUUUGGCAAAAAUUGAAACGAGAAGCUGGAAGCAUUUUAUGAGAUUCACAAAGCUCUGGACAUUAAGCUUGUUGAUAGUAUUUGUUCUUAAAAGAAAUGGAGUGGGACCUAUUAAAACAAUAGCAUUUCUGGAGACCUCUCAGCCCCAUUCUUCCUCCAGCUUGUCUGCCUUCUUUAUCCAGACUAUAUAUCUAGAGCAUGACUGGUGAAACUGGAGAGGGAAAAAAAGUUUAGAUCUGGUUAUAAGAGCAAGUCUCAAAGAGAAUCUCUUAAAGCUUCCAGAAUCACAGGUAUGAGAUAAAAGGAUAGCAUUGACAUUUGCUGGGAGAUACAGUGAUAGUUUCAUCUCAGCAGUUCAUUUUUCCCCCCAGUCACUGCUAGUUUUUCUUUGACUAUUACAGUUGCCAGGAAGAUCCCUGCUUUUCUUAUUUUAAAACCAGCAUUUAAGUGGCAAGUUGGAUACAGUGGGAUGGGACUAGAUUUCUCAAAUCUUUACAGUUGUAAUAAACUGAAGGAUUAAAAAACCUGUGUUCAUAUAUCCACAUAUAUAGCACAGUUUUCAAUUCUCAAAUCCUAGAUGUUGGAGUAUGUGAUACCAUCGAACAUGGCCUAUUUUGCUUAGCUUAUUGUAUCAUUCGGAGGGAAUAUUUAUAAACAGAUAGUAAAAGAGAAUAGAAAUAGCCUAUUAGUUAACUUUAAUUAUAAUUAUUUGUAAAAAAGCACACAAUUACAAUGUUCAUGGUCAUUUUAAUUGCUUAAAGCCUUUCUCCUAAUGUACUAAAUGGAAAAGUUCUCAACCAAAAAGAAAAAGAAAAAAAAAGAAAACCAUACUUGACACACACUCACACAUGUCCACCAUCACACACACACACAGUCACAGAAAGACGAAAAGAUCAAUCUGCCCAGAAUCUAGUAAAUACAUAAUAUACUGAAUUUAAAGGGCCAUUUUGGCAUCCUUUUGUAAUACUUUGGUGGCAUUUUAGCCAGUCGUCUGAAUAUGUCUUCUUCGUGCUUCCUCUUGUGAAGUUAACUACCUGCUUCUUCUGAUGUUUAAGAUCACGUUGUGUAUAAAAUAGGAAAUGUGACCCUUUUCUAAUGUCAGGUUUUCAUUGUGCAGACUUAAUUUUUCAAACUGGUACAUAAAACCCUUUUGUGCUGUUAUUUCUAUAUAUGCCAACAUUGUAGAGUAUCUUUAUGUCUCAUUCGAGUUGGGCACGAGCCUGUCUGCCAUAAUGUACACCCUGGAGGUUAACUCACCUAAGCCCCCACCCUCACCUCGGAAACAGAUAAGGUAGCAUGGUAACUCACUUUGCUUUUAAAAUGGAGUUUAGACUUGCCACUUCCUUAAGGAAAACCUAAAACAGAGCAAGUGAGGCUCCCAAGUAUCACUGUGAACUUUUUCUUUUAAGGUGUGAUUUUUUUUUUUUGCACUGGUUUCUUUUCCUUUUUCUUUUUUUAAAAUAAUAGACGCAUGUGGUUUUGUAAUUUUGUUUUUCUAUCAAGACAGCAAUUUCACUGUUUAGAGCCCAGCGACCCUUAAUAGAAAGCUGUCCUUUAAAACAUCAGAGAUGAUGUACCACAGUAUUAUACAUUUGUGCUCUCUCUCUUUCUCUUCAUUUCUAGUUGAAUCAAGAUAACGAUGGCUUGUAUCCCCCCUGAAUCCAUUACAGUAGGGACCGGGCUUAUGACCUGAGUGGCCUGGGCAGAACUGUGUUUGAAAAGAGGCCUUGUUUGUGCACGUUUUGCUUUGAGUGAAGUUCCUUUAAGGACAAAGAAAAGCACACUUUUCUUCCUUUGAGUAUAUCUGCCUUUGCUUAAAAUCUGCUAAUUCUAAAACAUACGCUCCUUCACCCAUCCCAGAGUCUCGUCUUGGAAAUGAGCCGGUUCCAAGUCUUUACUGUGAAUAAAGCACCCCCGCAUUUUGUAUAAAGUUCUUAAUUAAACCUGUGCAGCUUCUUUACCUGAUUUCAGAAAAGGAGAGAAGAAAUGGGGGGUUGGGUGUAAGUGUGAUUCAAAAUCUAUUCCAAGCGCCAAAAGAAUUUUGUUUCUUUUUUGUAUAAUAUAGUAUUAGCUGAUUCUGCUGGGCUGGGUGUGGGGUGUGUAGGAGACUGUCUUUUGCCGUCAAGCAGUUUGUGUAAAGAGCCUUUAAUGGGGUUCAGGUGAAGGUACCCCCAUCUGUGGUGGAGAGCUGAGUGUUCCCUUCAGUAGCCCUUCGCACAGUCAUAACAAUAGCGAUAAUGCCAGAUUGUUAAGGCAAGGUUGUCUGCCUCAUGGCCGUCUUGCUGUUUGCAAUAUUCUUGCUUUCAAUCAGUUUGACUUUAGGAUUUCCACUACUAAAUGCAUGCCCCUAGUCCGCUUUAGUUUCUAGCUUUGUAUUUUCUUUUUUCCAAGUAUGUAGUUUGCUCUUUCGUACAACAACAAAAUUUCAUUCUUUUACUGAAGAUACUGUAAGAAUGAACAUUGAUCGUAUUUCCCUUUUUUAUGUAUUUGUAAAGAUUUUUGGCAUAUGAAUGUAAUAAUAUUGAAGUCAGUGACACUAAUAACUUGCACUGUUUUGCAUUAUGUCAACCUUUAUAGGGAGUAAAAAAGCCCUACUGUGCUUUGAAAGAAUAUCAAGUAUCAGCCCAGUUCUGGAGUCGAUAUACACACUGCAUGUUUUCAUAUAUGGCAUUUUUUAUGUAUUGUGUUGGGUUAUUGUUCUAGAUUGGACUGUUAAAUACUAUGUUUGAGGCUGGGUUGUCAUUUUUAUAACUGUCUUGGUGUUUUAUCGCCAUUAUUUAUUACUUUUGAUAUACAGAAUGAGCUGCAUGCAUUUAUAGAGCAAUAAGAGGAUGUAUUUAAUGUGCCUUGUUUUUAACUGAAUAAGAACUGAAAGCAUGAAUCAAUAAAGCUGAUUAAAAUGGUCCAUUUACUGGCAUGUUGAUGUACCUUGCAGUCAGAGAAAUAACUUUGAUGACUUGUAGUUAAAAAAAAAGUUUGGAAAUAUUUUCACAAACUGUAUUUUUAAUUGCAUUCACACAUUAAUACUUUUCGCUUGCAAUUUUAUAAUUUUAUCUCAAAAGUGAAUCCCUGCAUAGACUGAUGUAAUUUUAUGAGACUGCCAGAUUUAUUUGUAUUAAUUUGUUGCUGGAGCCUUUAGGGCACGACUUCUGUAUUUGUGCAAUCCUAUUCUAAAAUUACAUGCAUCCAAUUACAACUCUGUUGAAUUCUUUUUUCCUUUUUUUUUUUUUUCCUUUUGUCAACCAGAGCCUUUUAGCCUGAGCAUUCCCAGGCACACUGAUGAAUUUUAUCAUAACCAAAAUCAAUAGAAAUGAAUGGGAAAGAUUACAUAAUCCAUUUUGAUCAUCUUACAUGUCAAGUUAGUGUAGGGUUGCCAAGUGUUGAUAAAUGCUCUGACAGAAAAAAUGCUAUAUAUUUUCAUUGUCAGUAAAUCAGUAAAGCUGUUACCAGUUUUAACACAAAUUUUAUAAUGCCUAUGUUAUUUUAUAGGUUUAAAUUUACACAUAUAUAUGGAGCAUUGUCUCCAUUUGUGGUUUUGAAGCGCUGCCUCUUAGUUUUGCGUGCUUAAAGGCCUGUGUGAGCUUCUGAGGUUCUUUGAAAUCAUAUAGAAUAACACAGAACACUAGUCCCCAGACAGACUUGGAACAAUGAACUGUUUGUUCAAGGCCUGGAAAAAAUAUCUAACAGUUCAAAAUGCUGUUUAUUGAUUUAGCUCAUCACACUUCAUAGCAGUUUAAAAUUUGUCAACAUAAAAUUUGUCAAAAUACAUUGCUCCUGGUUUUCAAAAUGUGUAAAAUUUUGGGUAAUCCAAGGAAGAGAAAUAGAUACUUACAUCAAUACUUGGCAAUCUUGGUCAAUACCGCAUUAUCACUCGUGGCAGAUUUCACCUGAUGACAUUUGACUUAGGAAGGAAGCAGAAAAGAGAAAUUUUCAAUUGUUGUGGCACCCUUGCAACUAGAGAAGUUCUGUAUCAAGAGCUGGAGUCAAUGAGCCCUCUGUGCCUGUACCUUGUAUUUUAGGCCUCUGAUUAACUACCUUCUGUGUGAAACACACGCACAGAGGAAAAGAGAUACGCCAGCCACAAUGACACCAAAGGUAGUUCUGCAGGUCCUGUGGACCCUUGGCAAAAAUCAGUAAAUAUGCCUUUGCACGUUGUUAGGUACUUGAUCCAGAACAGUAAGGUUUCUUUGACCUAAACAAAGUACGUUUGCAAAAUGAUCGAGGCCAUCUUUAUCCUCCGCCCGCGGCAUCAAAUUGCAUUGCUUAACAAACCCCCCCAUCCAUUCCCUGUCAUUCCAUGUAUUCACACGAGGGUUGCUUGAAUCCAUGUAGAUUUAGGUGUGUAUCCUGUAGUCACAGAUAAUAGUUCAUGUUUCAGUGGAGAGACGAGAGGAUUGAGUCUCACUUGGAUGGUAGAACGUGGCACGCUAUGCAGCUGGUUCCAUCCACUUCUGAGCCUGUCAAGCCCGCUGUGUUGAGUCUUCCUCAGGACUUCUGCGCUCAUCCUCCAGGAACUCCUGUGGAGCCAAGGUUCACUCCUUCAUUGGCUGCUUGCUGGAAUUCCUACAGUGUGGUGUUUCAAGGAGUUGGGAGCUGUAGAAGUUGUUUUGUUUUUUUCUUUUGGCCCUGGUGCCUAUUGAAAAAACAGGUAAAAGGAGAAUCUUGAAUUGGAGGCUGCUUUUUCAUGCUCAUAGGAUUUCUUUAUCCAACCUCAUACUCUAAAACUGGCUCUAACUUUUAUUGUACAUGAGAUUUCUUUAAAAAAUCCAACUUAGGCAUAUAUGAUUUCGCUUUAAAAGCUACCUUGCUCUGUUUGUCUAAGCUAUGUCAAUGUAAUGA